UGCAUUUGGUAAGGAACAAAGUUUGAAGAGGCUGCAAAGAAGGCGAAUUUGAUUCCUCUCUAUCAGUGCAUUUUCUCCGACCACCUUACUCCGGUCGUUGCUCACCAGAUUUUGCUUGAAGACGAUGAUAGGGAGGCUCCAAGCUUUCUCUUUGAGUCUGAUGAAUUAAGUUGUGAUGUGGUGAGUAAGCUUUUAGCAGUUUGAUGAUUUUGAAUUUGUGAUAUGUUUUGCUUGAAUUUCUUGAUUGUAGGGGCGCUAUAGUGUUGUUGGAGCUCAUCCUGCAAUGGAGGUUCUGGCAAAAGAAAACAAGGUUGUGAUUAUUGAUCAUGUAGCUGGAACUUUAUCUGAUAAAACGGUUGAUGAUCCUAUCAUGAUUCCGAGAGAAAUCUCAGAGGGUUGGAAACCCUAUCUAAUAGAUGAACUUCCUGAUGCAUUUUGUGGUGGUUGGGCAGGUUUUUUCUCAUACGAUACAGUUCGUUAUGUGGAAAAGAAAAAACUAUCAUUUUUAAAUGCUCCAUCGAAUGAUAAGAACUUUUGGGACAUGCAUCUGGGCCUCUACGAGAGUGUCAUUGUGUUUGACCAUGUCGAAAAGAAAGCAUAUUUGAUUCAAUGGGUGAGGAUUGAUCGCUACUCCACGGUUGAGAGUGCUUACAAUGAUGGAAUGGAAAAAUUAGAAAAAUUAGCUGCCAAAUUACAAGAUGUUAAAGCUCGAAGGCUGGAGCCAGGCUUUGUGGAUUUACACACUCACCAUUUUGGUCCACCUUUGAAGAAGUCGAGCAUGACAACUGAAGCAUACAAGGAAGCAGUCCUUCGGGCCAAAGAACACAUUAAUGCAGGGGAUAUUUUCCAGAUUGUGUUAAGUCAGAGAUUUGAACGAAGAACAUUUGCUGAUCCAUUUGAAAUUUACAGAGCACUGAGAGUUGUGAACCCAAGUCCAUAUAUGGCCUAUUUGCAGGCUAGGGGGUGUAUUCUGGUUGCUUCAAGUCCAGAGAUUCUUACUCGUAUAAAGAAGAAUAAGAUUGUGAAUCGUCCUUUGGCUGGGACAACCAGAAGGGGCAAUACACCUGAAGAAGACGCGAGGUUAGAAGAAAUGUUGCUGAAAGACGAAAAGCAACGAGCAGAGCAUGUAAUGUUGGUUGAUUUGGGACGCAAUGAUGUUGGAAAGGUUGCAAAAUCUGGUUCUGUGAAAGUGGAGCAACUUAUGAAUAUCGAACGAUAUUCCCAUGUUAUGCACAUAAGCUCAACGAUAACGGGAGAGAUGCAAGAACAUUUGAGUUGCUGGGAUGUGCUGCGUUCUGCAUUGCCGGUUGGAACCGUGAGUGGAGCACCAAAGGUGAAGGCGAUGGAGUUGAUCGAUAAGAUGGAGGUGACAAGGAGAGGGCCUUACGGUGGAGGAUUUGGAUACAUAUCUUUCUUUGGGGAGAUGGACAUUGCCCUUGCUCUAAGGACAAUGGUAAUUCCGACAAGAACGUAUGACCGAAAUCUCCACCAACGUCAGGAGUGGGUUGCUUAUCUUCAAGCUGGCGCUGGUAUUGUUGCUGAUAGUGUUCCUGCUGAUGAGUACCAAGAGUGUCAGAACAAAGCUGCUGCUCUUGCUCGUGCUAUUGACUUGGCUGAGUCAGCUUUUGUUCAUCAUGGAAUUCAAACAUCUCCUCAAUAAUAUACUCAUAAGCAAAUUCUUACGUCAACUUCCUGAUUACAAACCUCAUAAACCUCCAAAUUUAAACU